UUUUAUUUCAAUCUAUCUGUUCCAGAAUUCAAUUUUACAUGAAUGAGGAGAAAAACCAUGGAUGGGACAUUUAGCGGGUUCCUGUUUAUAGUUUACAUACUUACCAAAGUUGCUGGUACAAGUUGGAUAGUGGUAAGAACACCAAAUGACUGGAAGGAGAGAAUAUAUGAUGUGGAUCAUGCCUGGUGGACAACAGGAGAGAGAACAGUCUUCAAAUUUCAAGUUAAGACUUGUAGUGUGGCUUCUCUCCAGUUAGAAGCCAGAGCAGGUGACAAAACAUCUUCAAUAUACAACAUAGCCAUAGGUGAUGUAAGAGUAUAUGGAUAUGCCAGAAGGAAAAGAAAAGGCCUUGCAAUCUUCAAAUAUCCAAAAAACAUCAAUAAACCUUGGAUAAGGAAGUACAACAGAAGGGGAAGACUGGAUUUAUUACGCUGUAAUCAAUUCCGCAGUUUCUGGAUAAGCUGGGCAGAUAAUUACAUCAAGAUUGGCUCAGGACAUACAGAGAGAAAAGGAACUAUUUUACUACAAAAGAAAGAUUUUGAGCCAAUUGGAAAAACUGUUAAUGCCAUUUCAUUUCGAACAUCAUUUGGAACAGGAGAAUGGAGAGUUGAAAGAAGUGAAACUAUGGAGACAUGCCCUGACAAUUGGAAGACUGGACCAGAUGGCGAUCAAUGUUAUAUGUUCGAAAAGUCAAAACAAAAAUGGUCUCGUGCAAUGGAGAAUUGCAUAUUAAAAGGCGGUAAUCUUGCAUCAAUGGCAAAGGAAAAACAAAUAAACUUCAUAAUGAACCAGGCAAUUAACAAAUCCAGAAGUGAAGAAUGGUGGACUGGCUUACAAAGAAACAAAAACGGCACCUGGACAUGGUCUAAUGGUAAAGUAUUCAACAAUGAAACCAUCCCAUGGGGAGCUGAUGAGCCAACAGAAGCAAAAAAAGGUACCCUAUGUGUGGGGCUUAAUCAAACUGGCAUGAGUGGUCUCCCCUGCAAGACACCUCUGAAUCAUAUUUGUCAGAAACCAAGAGGUGUCGUUGUUGAGAUUGCAACUCCUGCUGAUGUAACCUAUGAUUCUGGAUACAUAUCCACUGAAGAUACCAACCAUCUUCUAUUUGAACUAAAGACAUGUAAAAAUGCUCACAUUAACCUACAUGCUACACCAGAUGAUACAGAAAAAAAUGUAAUUGAGAUCGUACUUGGCAGCUUCGGAGAGGACUACAUGAAUUACAUGCAGAGGAAAGGCAUCACUGGGUCUAUAACAAAGACCGAGAGAAAACUACUUUCAUGUCAUGAAUAUGUGCCAUUCUGGGUCAGCUGGACUAAGAAGAUGGUGAAAAUAGGAACUGGGGAUCUUGUUGGUGUGGAUAUCAUUCUGGAGGGAGAUUUUAAAGUUAACAAGAACCCAAGGAUGCCGAUUGAGGCCAUAUCUUUCCAGACUGAGGAGGGAUCUCCAGGAAAUUGGAGAUUACCAGCGCUUAAAUGUCCAACUGGCUUUAUGUAUCAUCCAAAACUGAAGUCGUGCUAUAACUUUGUCGGCGAUACACGACUGUUCUUCAAACAAGCAAGCAAUUACUGUAAGAAACUAGGAGGAUAUUUAUUAAUUGUUGAAACAAACGAGGAGAAUGAAUUCAUCAUCAGCACCCUGAAAGCUGAUAAAAUGCGUGCAGAUAUAUUAACUGGUGGUAGAAGAUUUAAACCAAAUUCAACAUGGGUCUGGUCCACACAUCCCAAUGAACAAAAGAAACCAUUUAAAGACGGGAUUACUUGGAUGGAAGGUGAACCAAGCAAUGAAGAAAAUGAAGAAUGCCUAGCUGUAAAUAUCAAUGGCUGGAAUGAUGUUGAUUGUUUCUAUGGUUACCAGUUCAUAUGUGAAGCUAUUCCAAUAACUCAAGUGAAAAAUUAAGGCCUUAAUAAAAAAAUUAUGGUCUCAAUAAAAAAUUUAGGUCUUGAUGAAAAAUUAAGGCCUCAAUGAAAAAUUAAGGCCUCAAUUAAAAAUCAAGGCCUAAAUGAAAAAUUAAGGCCUACAUUUAUCAGUUAGAUGUACUUCUUACAUGUUUAUAUAAA